GAGCUGUGACGUCUUUCUACAGCACGCAUGAUUCCUCCAGAUGGGAGAUGCGAGGUACUGUAUAUUAUGCUUUCAACUGAGGAAAAGGAAGGGAUUACACAAGGAAUCGACGACUACCAUCGCAUAUUUUGAUCCAUUAAAAUGUGCAAAAGGAUGCAGAAUGAAGAUAUGGACAAACAGAUGUAAGAGGGCGUCCUGCCCUCGAAAAAGACCGUGACAAGUUCAUGGCCGCCAACAAGAAGAAGAAAAUAAUGGUUCUUAAUGAGGAGGGGGCAGCUGCGCCCAUGGCACUGCACUCGAUUGCCUCUCCCCCUGACCUAGUUGGUGCCCUAAAAACAGGGCAGGCAAGUCCAAUUGUAGCCAAUGAGGAAGCAAAUAUUGCAGCAACAUCCACUCCAGGCUCUGCAAUGGGUGUUGCUCUUACAUUGAACUCCACUGUCAUUUCUAAUAACCAACCAGAGAAUUUACCACCAGAGAGCACCCGCAGAGGUAUCAAGGUGAUGUUGGACAGCAACAACAUGUGGAAUGAGUUCUUCAGAUGCAAAACCGAGAUGAUACUAACCAAACAAGGCCGGAGAAUGUUCCCUUAUUGCCGCUUUCGCAUCUCUGGUUUGGAUCCCUUCCAGAAGUACACUCUGCUCAUGGAUAUCAACCCAAUGGACAACAAACGUUACAAGUGGACUGGGCAAAACUGGCAAAUGAGUGGAAAGGCAGAAGCCCAUAUGCUGAGACGGAUCUUCAUCCACCCAGACUCUCCAUCUUCUGGUCACCAAUGGAUGCAGAACCCAGUUUCAUUCUACAAGCUUAAGCUCACUGACAACACCAUGGACCAGGAGGGUAAUGUCAUUUUGCACCCAAUGCACCGGUACUUACCGCACCUCCAUGUGGUCUCAGCUGAAAUGGCUAUGGAGGAUAUUCAGCUCAAUGGGCAUGACGUAAUAACCUUCACCUUUCCCCAGACUGAGUUCUUUGCUGUAACAGCCUACCAGAACUUACGCAUGUCUCAGUUUAAAGCAGACUUCAACCCUUUUGCAAGUGGACCCUCUUGGGCUCUAAAGCUGAAAACGAGUACCUCCAAUGAUUCGAAGAAGAAUGAAACCAGCUCUCCCAAUGAACUCAAGCCUGUGAAAGGAUUGAAUGGCCUGAAAUCUUUGAUGGCGGCAAAACACAGCUCUAAAGACACUUCAGCAGUAGAUAAAGUACUCCCCAGCGCGGAUGCUCAAAAUGUUACACCUACAGGCAGUGAAACCAGAUCUCCCAGUGAGCUCAAGCCUGUGAAAGGCCUCAGUGGCCUGAAGGCUUUGAUGGCAAAACGCAACUCUAAAGACACUUCAGCAGUAGAUCAAGGACUCCUCAAUCCAAAUGCUCAAAAUGUCACCCUUACAUUGGGUGACAAAUCUGAAGUCAACAGUCAUCGACCCAGCUCCAUGCUGAAAUCAAGUCCCUCCAAUGAGAUGAAGAAAGACCCCAGCAAAUCUCCCAAUGAGCUCAAGUCUGCGAAAAGCCUGAAUAAUCUUAAGUCUUUGAUGGGGAAACGCACUUCUAAAGAUACUUCUGCAGCAGGUCAAGGACUUUUCACUUCCGAUACUCAAAAUGUUAUGCUUGCAGAAAGUGACAAGUCCGGGGUCAAAAUAAGUCCCUCAAAUGAGUCGAAAAAAGACCACACCAGAUCUAACAAUGAACUCAAGUCUGUGAAAAGCCUGAAUAACCUGAAGUCUUUGAUGGCAAAACACAACUCUAAAGACACGUCCCCACUAGAUCAAAGAGUCCUCAGCGCAGAUACUCAAAAUGUUUCACUUGCUGACAGUGGCAAGUCCUGGGUCAACGCUAUUGGGCCCAGCUCUUGCACUCCAAAGUUGAUAUCAAGUCCCUCCAAUGAGUUGAAAAAAGUAGAAACCACAUCUCAGAAGGAAUUCAACCCUCUUAGAAGUAAUCUGAGGUCUUUGAUGGCAAAGCGCAACUUUAAAGACACUUCAGCGGUAGAUCAAGGACUCCAAAAUGUUACACUUGGAGAAUCUGACAAGUCAAGUGUUAAUGAUCAUGCACCCAGCUCUUGCAAGAAAUCAAGUCCCUCCAAGAUGAAGAACGAUGAAACCAUAUCUCCCAAGGUGCGCAAGCCUGUGAAAAAUACCCGAAAGUCUUUGCGCGGAAAACGCAACUUCCCGAAGACUUCAGUAGCAGAUCAAGUACUCGCUAGCUCCGAUGCUCAAACUGCUACAGUUGCAGACAGUGAAAAGUCAGUCUGCAAGAAAGAGUCCACUGAUCAAAGUUCCUGUACAAUAGGUCCUCCCCAAAGUAACUUCACUGAGCUGAUUCGGGAGUGUCAUCUGAAAAUAAGAAGGUGCAAUGUGGAGAUAACCAAUACAGCUUGCAAUGUUGAGCAAACAGACACUAAGGGCAUGGUUGCCAAAAACAAAGUUGUGGAAGUAGCUGUGAAUUACAAUUUUUCCCAGAUUCCUGACGUGUUGUCAAAAACUAUUACAAAUGUGGGAACCCAGGAUAAUGGGAAUACGAUUGACAGUGAAAAGGACCACCUCAGUUCAUCUCAGUCCCAGGAACCUGUGAAGACCAAUGACCAUUCAGCAGAUGAAGUAGAAAGCAGUCGAAAGGCUUCCCAAAGCUCAGUGAGCUCUGAAGCAAAAAGGACAGGUUCUGAUCAACAGCAGCAGGGGAAGGCUAAACCACACAAACGACCUGAACCUGUGCCUUUGCCCCUGCUUGCACUCUACCUUCAACAGUUGAAGUCAAAAUCCAGACCUUUUAGGACCAAACCAAAAUCUCCUUUGUCUUCUACUUCAUCCCCAUCUUCUGCUGUUCUAACUACUGACCCUACUGGCCCAGUCACUGACCCUACUGGUCCAGCAAUGGUCCCCACUGGAUAUGCUGUUGUUCCAGCCAGUGAUUCUGUAGUUCGAGCCACUGACCCCACUGGGCAAACCACAGACUAUGCUGGUGUACCCACCAAUAUUUCAGUCCCAAACACAGAUUUUUUGGACUCAUUGUUACUAGAACCUGACCCAGUAUCACUUACUACUGAUCAGUCGUUACUUGUCGCUGAACCUACCUUAUCCAUUACACUAUCAUCCCCCACUCCACCCCUCAUGUCGCCAUUCCCUGACCUAUUGUUACCAGCCUCCGACUCAUUAAUACCAGCCCCUGCCUUGUCAUCCCCAGCCCGAGAACUGCCAUCCCCUGUACCUGUCACAUUGAACCUAGCGGCUGAUCUAUCAUCACUUACCUCUGACCAUCCCUCAAAUGCCCCUGUGCUGUCAUCAACAGCUAGUGUUGCCACUUUGAAACCUGAGUGUACCCCAUCGUUACUAUCCCCUGGCCCUUCACUAGGUGGCUUUGAGCCAUCAUCACCUGCAUCAUUACCAGAUCUUGAACCCCCUUUACGUUCCCCUGUUACAUUGAAACCGGAAGCCGCCUUCCCCUCCUUACCUGUACAUGCCUCCUCAUUCCCAGCCCUUGAACGAUUACUGCCCCCUACUAACCCUUUUGUUCUAUCCUCUGAAUUAUCAUCACAUGGAUUACUUUUAGGCCUACCUGCCCCUGAUCCUUUUUUAACAACACCCUUUAUCCCAUUGUUGCCUUCCGCUCACCUUAACCCAUUACCCUUUGAGGCAGCCUCAUUUUCAUCUAACUCUCACCCUGGCUCACUUGGUCUGGACCCUGGCUUAUCCUCACCUCCCCUGGACCCCGCCUCAUCAUUUCAAGUCAAUUAUGAACCAUUAACACGCCCUUCUACACCGUCUCCACUCCCAUUCCAGUUAUCUCCUUUUUCAUCGUUAGGUCCCGACCCAUUGUCACCAACCCCUUCGCUUGCCGACCUCACUCACUUUUUCUCCAUCUCUGAUGAACUUGAGAUGACUGAAGACUUUCCAAGCAGUGAGGCGGCUCCUGUCCCAUGUCCUCAUGUCCCAACUUUAAUUACCCCUAGUGUACCAGUUGGUUCUACUCUACCAGUUGGUUCUAGUCAGCCAACCCAGAGCAUUAAACCCCAGAGAUCUAAGAAGAGAUCUAGGACAGGAGUGAAAUCUGCCAAGGGUGAUCCACUCCCAGUGAUUGGUGGACCCACAGAUGUCACCAUGCAGCCCAACCUGGAGGAAGUUGAGGAGCAGCUGUUUGUCUCUUUCACUUCCAAGGAAGCACUUGAAGUCCACCUAGGAGAGCCUGCAUUUCAUGAGACGACAACCGCACAACCGGAGAAAACCCCUGAGGCGAAAGAGAAUGUCGGAGGACCUGAAACCACAGAGGAAAGAAUAGCUGCUUUCGAGAAGGUUCUUUUGGACGAUUUGAAGGUUAUGAAGCAUCGGCAAGUCAUUCAUCCUGUGCUGCAAGAAGUUGGACUGAAGAUGAGUUUACUGGAUCCCACUCUGGUCAUCGACCUGCAAUACUUAGGUGUCCGUCUACCUCUACCGCCACCCAUGCUAUGUCCAGGACCAAGCACUGCAGGAUUGGCAUCUCCAAGUGGUUCAGUUCCCUUUGUUUCCAGGACGGGAAAGACAACAGACUUCACCCAAAUCAAAGGCUGGAGAGAUAAGAUUGUCCCUUCAGACUCCUCAGCAUCCUCCAAGCCUGACGUAUGUAGCCCAAUAGGCUUUAAAGAUGGCCCAAGUUCAGAUGUGGUCCCGAAGAACCUGUCGGCCUUCUGCAGUGACAUGUUGGAUGAGUAUCUGGCUAACGAAGGCAAACUCAUCGACGAGCGGGCUGCCAGUUUCACCCAGACCACCGUCGUCACCCCUGUGGUCUACCAGCUGCCCACCAAGAGCACCAGCUACGUCCGAACCCUAGACAGUGUGCUGAAGAAACAGGCACCGGCACCUUCUACCACCUUUGUCCCCCCAUCUAAAAAAAACAGACUGCCCCUCGCAUCCAAAGGACCUAAAAAAUCUGAGAAAUCUGAAAAAAGGCAACAAAAACAACGCUCAAAGCAGAGCAGAACUAAACCAACUUCUGCGCCAACAGCAUUACAAAUUGCGCCACCGCCAUUGAUGGAUCACGCAGCCCCGGCCAUCACCCACAACGACACAAUUAAAACUGUGAAAAGGACUAAGAGGAAGCCGAGGGUCAAGACUCCUCCACCAGUCCAAGACUCUGUUGUGUCGAGGCCAGAGGUAGAAGAACCACCUCCCUCUGACCUGGCUCCUGUGGAGGGCGACUCAGAGCCAGAGUCUGCUGCUGCUGAGACCAGGGUUGUUGUUCCUGGGUUGACCAAGGCCUUGCUCAGACAGAGGGAUCUGGAGGACGGGGUUGUCUGGGAGGGCAAGCAUCGGACCUGUAUCACAGAGGACAGGGCAACGGUCGCCCUCACCUCGCUCUUCACUUCAACGGGCUUUGUUUGUGAGAAUCCUACAGCUCCCAUUAAGAUUGUAAAGCGCAGUGCUCCUCCCUGCCUCAAUGCGUUCUGCCGGCUGGGCUGUGUGUGUGCCAGCCUGGCACAGGACCGUCGUAUUACCCACUGUGGAAAGAUUGAGUGUAUAUUUGGCUGCAGCUGCCUCAGGCAGAAAGUGGUUGUGCUCAAAAACUUAAAAGGACCAGAUUCCAGUGCGUCAGAAGAGGGCCCGUCCAAGAAGAGCAAGAAGAGAAAGCGGAUGAGGAUGGCAUAUACUCUGAGAGAGGCUGAGACAGUAUCAGAACCAGCUCGGCGUGUGAGAACUUUGUGGAAGCAGACCGAUGGAGAGAUGGACCCGGAGCCCCUCCUCGCCCCAACACCAGUCUAUCUUCCAUGGCUUCCAUUACAGGAAGCGUCUUCAGCAGUGGUGAGAGAGGAGGAUGGUACCAUGACAUGUGCCAGAGUGCGUGCGAUUCAAAGCAAGAGCACAAACCGACCUGAGGACAUUGACAACCACUGCAAACCAAUAGACUCCGCACCAGUGAGCCCUUCCAGGAAGUCAGAGAAGUCCCACGGUCCCCAGUACACGGAGCCCUCCAAGCGUCUGGAGAUCAUGUCUGAGUGUAAGUGGAGAAGCCUGGCGGACAGGAACUUGGUGCUGAGGAUUGUUUGUGAGCACAUGGCCCAGGACCACCUCACUAACCCCUUCUGGGUCAAAGGUUACCUCAUCAAACCCAUGUCUCAGACCCUGAGGAACAACGGCGAGAGCUGCUCUGUCCACUACAAGGUACAUAUCUCUCAGGUCUCGCGACCGGAUGGAGUGGAGGAGGCGAACAGUGAGGAGGAAUGGAUGAGAGAGGAAGAUGAAGAAACGAUGGAGGAAGAGGAGGGGAAGAUGGAGGAGCUGAGAGGGGAAGAUAAGGAGGUGGAGGAAGGACAAUGCGUGGAGGAGAAGCAAAGAGAGCAGGAGAACAACAAGGCUGUGGGGAAGAAAAGGGGUCUGAAAUGGAAGGGCCUGCCUUUCUUAAUAGGAAUUUCUCCUGCUGGCCUCCUUACUGCCAACCUAAAGCAGAAAGAAAUCUCAGACAAGGAACUUGUCACGGUGAAUGGCAGGUCCUACCCCCAUGCCAAGCUACAACUGGGCAUGAUGGGAGCCAUGCACCCAGCCAACCGACUUGCUGCUUACCUCACGGGCAAGUUACGGAGGCUUACCUGUCCAGAGCCGUCUAUGGCGUCCUCCGUUUCAUCACAACACGCCCCCUCAGAAACCGCUGAAGAUGCAAGGUCCUCCACGGGACAACCGGCCCAGUUGACAGCCACUCCUACCCCCAGUCUUACCAUGGUUACCACCACCACCAGUGUUCCCUCUGUCCCUGCAGUUUCUGCAGGCCCCAAGUCCAUUGUGACUAAUCUGCCCUCAGCGGGAAAGAUCUUCACACAGUUUGUGGUCAACCAAAUCAGCUCCUCACAGCAGAGGCUGCUCCUCACUAGUGAUCCUCCACAGUCGUUGAGCAAUAUUCAGCAGCUUGCCUCUCUGGUAGAGGUAGCCUCAGGUGAUGUGUCUCUUCCAAAGACCUCCCCAAGCAGUGGAGUGGUUACUAGUCCCCCCGUGCUGGUGCUCCCUGACCCAGGGACCAGUAACUCUGUCAAAAUGGCGUGUCCUCCUACCUCCCAGACUCCGACACCUCUCAUCCCCCUGACCCCUCUCGCAGCAGGGCGGAGGAUGGUUCUGCAGCCGGUGCGGAGUGCCUCAGGGACCACCCUAUACCGGAACCCCAACGGACAGCUAAUCCAGCUGGUUCCCCUCAGCCAGCUGCAGGCCCUCAACCCCAACCUUGUCAUGCGCAACAAGGGGGGUUUGAUCAGCUUAACCACACCUGCGUGCUUGGCCUCGGGAUCGACAGCCACCCUUAACAGCUCCCCCUCCACCUCUCUCACCACAUUGCAAAACACCAUCCCCCUGCUCCCUUUCACUGUCCCAAAGACUCCAGGCAGCCCCACCGUCCCUAAAACCACGCCUCCCGAAGUCACUUCCUCCAUACCAGGCUCCAAGUCUUUCAACAUCAGUAACGUUAAUCUCUCACCCACUGAGACAAAUAGCGGGACGUACACUUUGAAGAUUGUUCCUCAGACGGGUAACAAGGAGCCCAUCAUCAUCAAGUGUCCCAAGGUGCCAGCCCAGCCAGCCCAGGGCUCCUCCAAGGUCAUGCCUAUAGUAGGGGGCUUUACUGUGCUGCAGCCUUCACCGAAAACCACAGUAAUUACUGUCAAAUUCCCCACGAAGACUGUUAUGGAAACAGGUGUCAAAGCUGCCACCACCACCACAGUGGACUCCAAUGUAGACUGUAAGGUCACACCUGAGCUGUAUAGUUGGAUGCUGCCUUGCCAGAAAAGCACAAAACCCCCUGUAAGCCACAAGUUUAAAUUUAUUAAAGCUGACACUAUCUCCACAACGGACUCCAAUACAGAUCCUAAGAUCCAGCCUGAGGUGGGACGAGUGCCCCCCAAAAUCCUCAGACCCCCGAUAACCCCGGUUCCAAAGACAGAUGCAACCUCGACACCUAUCUCGUCAGCGGACUCCAAUGUAGACCCCAAGCUCCUUCCUAGGAUGACUAGUGUCAAUCAACCCUACCAGACCUGGACAGGACGACCGAAGAUGAAGAGGAGGAGGAGGAGGAGGAAGGAGGUUGAGGUUGUGGAUCUGGUGGAAGAUGAGGACGACUCUGACGACACGGACGAGGGGACGGAUGAGGAGACGGACAACUCAUCUGACGAGACGGAUUCUGUUAAUUCCUGUGUUAAUAAAGAGGAUCUCAUCGUCAUCAGUAAGCACAAACACAACGUGCUGGAGAGGCAUCGGCGCUCCGAGCUCCAGGGACGCUUCCAGCAGCUGAGAGAAACACUGGAACUUGACGAGAAAGCUGCUAAAAUUAAAAUCCUCAACGACGCCAAGGAGGAGAUCCAGGUCUUGACAAAGAAAAGCACCAAUGUGGAGAAGCUGAGGAGUUCACUGACCCUGGAGAGAGCAGUUCACGUCAAGAAGAUGUCCCAGUUAACUGGAGAGUCUGAGGAACAGAUACUGACGAACAUCAAGCACAUCGGUUCCCAGCAGAAGAUCGAGAAGCUGCACGUCAACUGGAAGAAAGAAGGGAAAGUCUCCUCUGCUCUCUCGUCUUCCUCAGUUGUCUCCACCUGCGGUGAGUCUGGGCAGAGACCAAGGCCUGGUCCCCUCUCAAAGAGGACCACAGAAGAGGCUCAGGGGGGUAAGCGCAUGGGAGGAGUGACAACAGAAACGGAGGAGGACAGGGAUGAUGUGGUGGACCUUCUGGAGGACACGGAGGACGAGAAAACCGACAACUCCUCGGAUGAGACCGAGGAUUCUGACGUUGACGACGACAAAAACUACAACGCUAAAGGGCACGUCAUUAAUACCAUCAGUGAUGUGGAGGAAAGCUUGCUAGAGGAGGAGCCUGUAGACAUUGAGAGUGUGGAGGACAAUGCAAUGAAUAACACCACUCCACAAUUGAAGCACUGGGACUUGCACAACAAAUAUGAGAGACAGCGCUGUGCUGAGUUUCGGAAGAGCUUUAAAGCCCUGAUAGAGACUUUGGACCUUGGCAACCCGGCACCUACUAAUGUUUUCAUCCUUGGGCAGGCCCGAAAACAAGUCAUUGACCUGAGAGACAAAUGUGAACGCCUGGAAAAACUGAAGAGUGCGCUGACCGAAGAACGAGCUGCUUAUAUCAAGAAAAUCUCCCAGAAAUCUGGAAAGACGGAGGAGCUCAUCCUCAGGAAGCUUCAGGACAUCUCUACCAAACAGAAGAACAUGGACGUGAUGUUCAAAGGGAAGCGGAGAGGGGCGUCCUCAGCCCCCUCGUCAUCAGUCCUACCCAAUAAAGCCAUCUCACCCAACAGCACUCAACAGCCUAAGCCAAAAUCCCUGGCUCCCGGUCUCAAGUUAAAGGUGGUACCCACCCCUGUCCCACGCUCUAUACCCCCACAGCCUGCACCCCAACAACCCAAGACAAGUCCCAUCAUCUCCCCACCCUCCAGGAAACCCCCCCCAACGUGUCGUUCUCCGGGUGAAAGGACAAGACCUAACAUCCUGUCUCGCAGGAAACCACAACCUCCCCUAGAUUCCCCACCUGUUCAUGCUGGGUUUCUCCCUCCUCAAAUGCUGUCUAUAGUGGGUGGAGUGAUACCAUCUCAGCAGGGGAUCACUAAGAGCCCAAUGCAGCCUGCCAGUUCUCUGCUGCCGGUAGGACGCGUCACUGGAAUCGAAAUGCAACAGUCUCUAAUACCAGGUGUCGCUUCAGUUACCAUCUGUAUCCCCUCAAUGUCACAACCCAUUUCUCUCACUCCACCUCGUAAUAUCCUCAACAGGGGAGUUCCUCAUAUAGCCAAUGUGAUUUCACUGGUCAAAGCCCCUCCAGGUGUGUCAGGGGGAACUCCGAGGAGGCCAUCUCCAGUGAAGGGUAAGGGAAGUGGGCUGGAGGACGGGGAGGUGCUGGGGAAGCAGCUGGACCACUCUGGAGACGGUGUAAAGAUCAUCGACGCUGACAGGAACUCGGAUGAGGAGGACGAAGACAACGAAGAAGGUGACGUUGAAGACGAGAGUCUGACGUCUCUCCUCAACGAGAUCGUCUUCCUCAACCAGCAGAUGACCACAGACAACGUCAGCCCCAGUGAUCUUCCAGUGGUCACCCACAAACCAGCCACUGAGCCUGGGGAGGUUGGGAUGGACCGGUCCUCACCUCCACCACCGCAGGCAGAGAAGGAAAUCAUCAGAGAUGGAGAUGACGAGCGCUCCCUCAGCCCCUUGUUUCUGAGACUUGACGAGGACCUUCUGGGGCUGAAAGAGAGACAAGGCCAGGAGGAUGAGGCUUCCAAAGGCCCAGGCAUGCCAGUGCCACAGGCAGAGGACCUUAAAGUGGGUUCUGGAUCCAACGAGAAACCAUCAGAGACAGGUUCUGCUCCUGCUCCGAUUGUCAAUGGUCACAGCCCACAAGGACCAGCAUGCACUGCAAAAGGUCACGGUGUACUUCAAAAGGCGCUGACCCCGCCUCCGCUGCUGCAGAUGAAAGUUGGCGUGGCCAAGGUGCUGGAGUCCAAUGAUAAGCCGGGGGAUGCUUUAGCCCCGCCCCCGCUACUGCAGAUGAGGCCAAUGCCGAGGCUAGCCCCACUAGGACUAAAGAACAACCCUCAGACGUAGAACUAAGUACUAACUAACUUAGGGUCAAUGUUGUAGCCAUCUCUCCUCAAGACCCUUACUCACAUGGGUCGUAAUCAUUUGUCACUAAAUUGACAAAAACUGACUGAAACAGGGUUGGACUACUACCUGAACUUGUCCAAUAAGAAAUGUUCAUUUUUGUUUUUCUGUUGCAAAAAGUUUCGCCAGGGUGUGCUGUAAUAAAUAUGACCCUUAUGUGGCUCAACCAAUCAGGGAUAACUACA